ACAGCUCCGACAGACAUUUUAUUAUCAGCAGACUUCUUCAACUUGGCUUAAAAUCAUUGAGGUGGUUCUGGUGACAAAUCUUGGAGGAUCCAAAUGUCAAUAUCUGGACUGGCAGAUCACAUUUUCGGACUCCAGUCGAUGACUCUAGGAUCUCCUCUUGGAAACUUUUGAUGGACCGGUCCUUUCGUCUAUCACUGCAGAGUCAAUGGAUAAUUCCCUUGAUUUGAGUGAGAACUUUGACUCAUCUGACUCGGCCUAUGGUAGCGAAAGUCCAGUUUCGAACUCUAGUCAUUCUGUUUUUUCCGACUCUCAAGACUCAGUUAUUGAUAUUUAUAACUCAGUUAUCGACCACAACUCAUUUGAGGCAUUGAUUGAUUCACUCAACAUUAGUUUUGAAGGAAUUCCCAACUCAUUGGUUGGUUCAGUCAAUUCUCUGGAUCUCAACAUUAGUUUCGAAGAAACUUUCUCAAAUCCGCUGCUGGUUGACAGAUUCAGUUCACCAGACCUUUCCUUAGGUUCUGCACCCAGCCACAAUAGUUCACUGAACCUUCCUUCAUCAUCCGAAAAUAGUUUACAGUGUUCUCCUAUAAAUAAACCAUUAUUCAACAAUAUUUUGGAGGAUUCUUCUAUCAGUUCUGCAAACCCAGGCUGCAACAGUUUCCUAUUCAAUUCAACUGUGAACUCACUUGAUUUAUCAAAAUUAUCUUACUUGAACUUAAGUUACAGGAAUUCAUAGCCAUAUUCUACCAUCAAUUCUCUUGAUUCUGGUUUGAACUCAAGUGGACAACUUUGAAAUUUGAAUCUUGAAUCUGCUGAAAAUACUCUCAACUCCCUCGAGUUUGAAUUUUUUUUUGAAUCUCUCAUAGAAGUUCUCAGAUUCGAAAUCUAUAAUCAAAUCAUUUGAACAAAAGUUUUCAGAUUCCCCCCAAACCACAAUUCUAAUCCUUCAAAAUUACAAACUCCCUGAAUUUUCUCUCAAAAUCUCUUGAAUUUCUAAAUUACUCUUUGUUCUUUCUGAAUUUCAGCAUUUCUGAAAAUCUUUUGAAUUUCUCACAAAAGUUCUCAGUUACCUGAGAACUUGGAGUAAAAAUACUUCUUAUUCCUCAAAAUCGCAGACUUUCUCAAAUUUCUCUUGAAUUGAUCACAAAUUCCUGAAAUUGCAAUUGAAACAGCAAUAUGUCUCAGACCAGAGGUUACAGCCUGAAGGCUAUAGUAGCUAUGUGUUCCAACAGAGGCAUUGGCCAAGCUGGCAACCUGCCUUGGCGUCUCAAAAAAGAACUGUCCCAUUUUGCCAAAAUGACCACCAAUGUAGAGGUGGAAGGCAAAAAGAAUGCAGUCAUCAUGGGUCACAACACAUGGCGAUCCAUCCCCCAAAAAUGGCGCCCACUACAGAAGCGCAUCAAUGUGGUGCUGUCAAGGAGUGUCACAGAUUUGGGUGAUGGUGUCAUGGUCUGCAAAAGUUUGGAAGAGGCACUGGCGUCGUUACAUAAAGACCCCCAAAUUGAGAGUGUAUGGGUGAUUGGUGGAAGUUCUGUGUAUGCAGAGGCAAUGCCUGUUUGCGAUGUCGUGUAUUUGACGGAGGUUUUGAAGGAGUUUGAGUGUGAUACGUUUCUGCCAGAGUUGCCUGAGGGGUUUAGGGAGGUCAAUGAUGAUCCACGGGUGUGUUAUGAGGUGCAGGAGGAGGAUGGGGUGAGGUAUCAGUACAAGGUUUACAGGAAGUAGAUGGGAGUGGUUAGGUUGAGUUAGGAAGGAUGGAGCCAAUCUUUCAAGGUUUGGAAAGAUGAUCCAAAGAUUGUGAGAAUUAGAAAAAUGAUGCAAAGGAUGUGAGGUCUAGAAAGAUGAUGCGAAAGUGUUAGGUUUUGGGAGAUUUGGUAAGCAACUAGUUAUAGGAGUUACUGUCAUUAUUAAUGUUCUAGAAUCUCAAAUGUCAUUUGAGUGGAUUAGAAAGAGUUUCAGAAGGAUGAUGCAAAUGUUGUUAGGUUUUGGGAAACUAGGUAAACAACUAGUUAUAGGAAUUACUGUCAUUAUUAAUGUUCUAACUUGUCAACUGUCAUUUGAGUGAUACCAUAGGGAAACAAUAGCAUAAGUAGAUAUCCCAUGGUAUAGGGCAUUUAUGUCGCAACUUUUACUGUUAACUCAAGCUGAUAGUCCACGCAGUUCUUUCCUGUGAAGCCUUGUGACGCUGUUAGUCUCUCAUAUUGUGCCGUUCAUGCACUCUUACCAGGUCAAACCAGUAAAAAUCAACAAUAAUCGACAGUAAUCGGCUUGAGAUACCAGUAAAAGUUACAACAUAAACACCCUAUACCAUGGGAUAUCUACUUACGCUAUUGUUUCUCUAUGGUGAUACUCAAGGUUUAGAAAGAUGAUGUGAAGACUGUGAGUUUCAGAAGGAUGAUGCAAAGGUGUAAGGUUUUGGGAGAUUUGGUCAACAACUAGUUAUUGAAAUUACUGUCAUUUUUAAUGUUCUAACAUGUCAACUGUCAUUUGAGUGAUACUCAAAUUAUUUAAUGUACCAUGUGAAGAUGAUUGUGAAUUGAAUAGAAAAAAUGUUCUGAUGUCCAGGGGAAUCUUGCAAUGUUUGAGAGAUUUAGGGCCGGUUUCCAAGCUCGGGAUUUGGCUAAGUUCUAGACUUAAAACAGCUGGAGUAAGAAAAUUGGCUUUUUGAAACAGGGCAUAGUCGUAGUCAUUGUCAAAGUCAUGUU